AUGCUGGGGCCUGGCCUCGAUGUUGAUGGAGGCUCCUCCGGCGACAGCGAGACAGACGGGGGUACGGAUGAUGGCCGAAAGCGCAUGCGCCAUGCGCAGCGGCUGCAAGACUCUCGCCUGCUGAAAUCUGGGUCUCUAAGCCGCCCCAAGCGCUCAGACCUUGCCGGUGGGUUCACAUUUUGCUUUUCUCGUUGGCUGGCGCCAGUGGAUGAUGCUUCAACGGAGGCAAAAGCCACUCGCCGGACCAUCAAGUGGAAAUUCGAUGCUGCUGGGAUGGAACACAAUGCCCAUGAGCGUCGUCUCCCCCAGUCUGGCCAGUUGACCAUGCAGUGCACCCUGAGAGACAUCUAUCUCGAAGAGAGUCUCCGUGUUCUCGGACAUGGGGAUCCGCUUUAUCAACCAGAAAAGAUCCCUUUCAUUCCUAAUCGCAAAGCGCUCGAUCGACUUGACAGCCUACCAGAAGUUGGGCGCAUCAAAUCCCUACAAGCCAAGCAGGAGAGAGUUAGGCCAACCAACGAGGCUGACACAACACUCAAGGCAUUUUGCCGAUGUGCAGGUCGGCAUCUGGUCGAGGCUUUCACGGUAGUCGCAGGCCUGAAAAGGCUUGCAAGGUCAGGCAACGCCGAUGCUGCCUUCACACACUACCAGCAUCGGAUCAACUGCCUGCUCCAGGUUCGGGAGUCCCUCGCUUACUGGGAGGAGAGCAUCGGCGCCGAGGCCUUCGACAAGAAGCAUACUCGAUCGCGAGACGUGCGGCAUGAAUAUUUGAGGCAUACAUUUCAACUUGUCUACGUCAUCGCCGACAUAUCUUUCCCUGAGAGCCUCCGGGAAUAUACCGAGGAGAUGUCCGAGCUGUGGAAACGGGGCGAUCUGCAGCAGCAAUUCAUUCUCGACAGCGAGAUCACAUACGCCCGUUCCAAGGAGCGGACAAGACCAGGGCUGACCUCCCCACACCACCAAUUCCCAAAGCGUUUCAUGUCACAUGGGCUGCGGACGUUGACGCCGUACUUUUACUACAAUCCAGACUUGUAUGGGCACUUGCAAGUGGCAAACGAGGCCUGCAUCAAGCAGCGGAAAGAUCCUCCCGAAGUAUUCCUAAACCUUGGGAGGCUCAACACGUGGGAUAUCCAGUGA